AUGUGCUCAGAAACAAGUCCACCCCGUCUCUCUUUCUCCCAUGAUCUCUCUGAACUACAAGUUUUACCAAUGAAACAAGACGUUUCUUGCAGAGACACACUGUUGCAUGACUCAAAUUCUGACUUUGAGUUCAGCACUAGCACCACCAGCCUUGAGUUUGAAUCAUCUUCAGCAGAUGAACUUUUCUCUAAUGGGGUUAUUCUUCCAAUUCAGAUUCAAGACAAAAGCACGGCUAGAAAACUCACUCAUCAUGUGGAAUAUCCUCACACAAAGCUUCCUCCUCGUCCAUGUGCAUCAACUGUUGACAAACUGAAGAAAGAAACCAUUAGAGAACUCCUAGAUGUGACUCCUGAUCAUGAUAAGAAGCCUCAUUCCAAGUCUUUUUGGGGAUUCAAUAGAAGUAAGAGUCUCAAUCGUGAUACAAAGAAGAGCUUGGUAUGCUCUAUACCUCUUCUGUCAAGAAGCAACUCAACAGGUGCAGUGCCAAAUCCAAAGAGAGUGAGUUCAAACAAGCAUCCAUCAGCAGCUAAAUCAUCAUCAUAUUCAUAUUCUACCUUAAAUAUGUAUCCUUUGCAAAAAUCUCCUUCAGGUAAGAGUUAUGGAGGGUAUUAUCCCAAUGGCCUUAGGAUUAAUCCUGUCUUGAAUGUACCAACUCCUUGUGUUUCAAAGGGAAGUGCAAAUCUCUUCAGUUUGGGUUCAUUUUUACGCGUUGGAAAGGUUAAGAAGAGCAAGAAGUGA